AACAAUUCGACUUUUCUCAGUCUGUAAACGGACUUUGUAGGAAUACGUUACUAUAGCUAUAAAGUUCUGAAUGUAAUGUAAAUAUUGAUUAUUUAAGACUUUAUCACGAUAAGGUAUUUCAAGGCUAAGGUUGAGAUAUGUCAGAAUAUUAACCAUUCAGUCGGUAUUAAUUAUUUGAAUAAUUUAUCAGAAUUAUACGAAAGAAAACAAAAUCGUUUUCAUAAUGUUUCUAUUAAAAUUUCGAAAAUGAUUACUGAGUCACGAUUUAAGUGAAUUUCCCGCGUGAAUACGUUGUAUUAAUGACGUGUUUUAAGUUCGUUUAGUUUUUUGUGGAACUAUUUCAGUGAAGUCGUGUUUCUUGUGAAGUUUUAAUUGAAAAUGGAUAAAGUAAAGCUGUUCUGGUCAAAAACUAACCGCUGGCAUAGAGGUUUAUUCGUUUUACUGCUGGUGGAAUUGAGAGUGUUUCCUGGCGGGCAGUUAGGGUUCCUGUGCAAUGACCCCGCGCUCUCACAUCCCUUCAACGGAGAUACUAUCAGCUGGAAAUGGCUUCUAGCAACAUCGAUAUUUUUACCUUUAAUUGUUAUGUUAAUAGUAGAAAGAAAGUACCACAAUGAGAAACCAUCGCAGUCCAAAUUGGCUGUUGAUUGGUUCAAGGAGUAUCUUUAUGGGCUCCUGCUCAACCUUCUUAUUGUGGAGACCCUCAAGGUCAUCGUGGGAUCCCCGAGACCACACUUCUUUGACACUUGUAGCCCUAACGAGGCACAGACUUGUAAAGAAUCUGAAUACGUGCCAAGCUAUACUUGUACAAAGGCGCACUGGCUGAGUCAGUCGGACAAGAGCUUCCCUUCAGGACACACGUCUCUAGCUGUUCAUGCUGGAGUGUUCUUAGCUUACUACCUACAUCGUCGAACGAGCGCGACCUUUAAGGUGAUGGUACUCCAAGUGGUGUUCGUGACCACAGCUUUGGUGUGCAGUGUGUCUCGAAUGACGGACCAUAGACACCACUGGUGGGACGUACUGGCCGGCGCCCUUAUAGCUGCACCUGUACUUAUUUAUACUAUUCGUUACCUGUGCAAUAAUUUCGAGUGUACAAGCGACGGAACCACAACAGAGAACCCGAUAAGUAUUGAAACUAAAAUAGUUAACGUACCACUAAUUAACGCGAAAGAGACAUAAUUAAUAUUAUAAUAGCUAAAUAAAUUCUUAUUGACAAGCGAUAAUGUACCUUAAAACAAAAGCUGUAAGUAUCAAAAUUGCAGAUCAAUCUGUAUAUAAAUUGAGAGAAUAUUGUCAGUUUAGUAAAAUGGACCUUAUAGUGAGAGGAUAAAGUUGUAAUUUCAAUAACAGAGAUACCGAUAGGUACUGGAGUGAUGAAAACGAGUUACAAUAAUAAUAUUUUUAUUUUAACAGCUUCGUCUCAUGCUAUUCUUAACCUUGUAACUGACGCAAUAAAGUAUAUUUUACCAUUAUU